CAUGCAAAUUGUGGUGCAUAAAAAGACUGGAAGACGAAGGAACAUUCAGAAAACGGCAGGUCUUUGACUGCAGUAGCGGAACAACAUUUGAGCUCCUAUAUCAAGAGGCCAGUUGAAGCAGCAUGGUCGUUUGCGGGUGUGCAGUUGUGUCCGUACUUCUGGUGGCCUUGUGCCAGGGUGCACCAACCGACGUCGCACAAAAAGAAACUCCAGAUGAUAUUUUCAAGUUCCGUCCUGGUGCGUUAGAGAUGUACGACAGCGGGAAAGGGAACAUCUACGACUAUAUGGACAUCAUGCUGGCACCAGAAGUCGACUCAGAGACAAUGCCCAACUCAACUAAAGUCUCGGAUGGAAGUGUUUCUCGCGAGAAGAGGGUGGCUAUUCUCGCGACUCUGGCCGCCGUGGCGCCGAUCGCCAGCGCAGUGUUCGGGGCGGGAAGUUUCAUCUACGGGGUCGUCAACGGGCAACAGAGGCUGGAUGAACUCAGGGAAAUCAACCGGAAGUUGGACCGCCUGGACAGGAAACUUGACCAGCUGCAACAGCAGCUUGGGGACGUGCAGUUCGGCCAGCAGUGGCUGGAGGGCGCUGUUCUGUACGGCCGGGAUAUCCAGAGACUGAACUACUUCAUCAACUUCCUUGACAACAACCUGAACCUGGGCAACAAUGGGCAGCUGCUCCCCGCCAACCAGGCCCAGAACUGGGCAAACGCCGUGCUCCACUUGGGCUCUGAUGGCGUCGGACAGGCACUCCUCAACCUUCACGACAUGGUGAUGGGCACUUCGGGAAUCUUCGGAAGAAACUCGCUCUUCGUGUUGUACGAGAGUCGCCUCGACCAGGACUCCGACGACUACUGGCCCAAGGUCCGACAGUUCCUGGAGUUCUCGUUCUCCAUCCAGACGGCCGGGUACGCCUCCUGGGCCACUGCUCUCAACCUCAAGGGACGGCGGGGUGAAGUUGCUGCUGUCGUCGCCAGGGGGCGCAACAGGCUGAAUUCUCAACGACAGUUCCUCCAACGGUUUACCAAACAGUGGCCGACGGGUACCUACGGUCUCCCCCGGACGAAUACAGGCUGCCCCGUAGCUGCAGGCGCUAGGUGGCGCACCGGCGUCCGUAAGCAUGACACCGAGGACGACGACUCCAGCAACCAAUGGACAUCCGGCAUACAUUUUGAUGGUGGAUUCAGAAGAAACAACAUGGAACAGAAAUUCUGCAUGAAGACUACCUCAGGAGACGGAGAUGGCAACUGGCCGCGCGGGAGUUACUGUAUCUUCAAGAAGGGCGGAUGUCCAGGAGGUUUCCAAUCAGGUGAGAUCUACUGGGACGAUGAAGAUGACGACAACGGAAACAGUCGCAGUGGCGAGGUGCCUGACGGGAAUUACAACAGGAACACCCUGAUCAGAUACUGCUGCCGUAACGACGGGAGCGCCAACAGACACAUCUCUCUACCCAACCGCAGUCCCUUCUACCUCUUCCGCUACAGACAGGGCUGCCAGAAGGUCGCUGGAAUGAAUGUCCGAGAGGAGUUCUUCCGUUGGGAUGAUGAAGAUGACGAUAACCAGAACCGCCGCCAGGGGGCGCAUCCGUACGACGACGGCGGAACCAACAACCAUAGACUUCACUACUGUUACUAUUCGUAAUGGUACUGAGCGACAAGCUUUACUCAUUUAAAUUGUUGCAUACAUAAAUGUAUCAUCGUGUGUACAGUCAGUAAUCUCAGAUGUUUCUAAGAAGCACUAGAAAAAGCAAAAUGAUUGGUAUUACUUUAAAAUUUGUCCCUGAGUCUUACUCGUACUGAAGAUCUUUUUAUUUGAGAUUUGUGAAGUUUUAUCUCCUUUAAUUUCAUGGAAGAGAACGAAAUAAAGAACGUUAUGCGUAUAAA